AUGCGAUUUUCACCUCCUCGACAUUGCCAAAAAUGCGAUUUUCACCUCCUCGACAUUGCCAACAUUGCGAUUUUCACCUCCUCGACAUUGCCAACAGUGCGAUUUUUACCUCCUCGACAUUGCCAACAGUGCGAUUUUCACCUCCUCGACAUUGCCAACAGUGCGAUUUUCACCUCGACAUUGCCAAGAGUGCGUUCACCUCCUCGACAUUGCCAAGAGUGCGUUCACCUCCUCGACAGUGCCAAGAGUGCGAUUUUUACCUCCUCGACAUUGCCAACAGUGCGAUUUUCACCUCCUCGACAUUGCCAACAGUGCGAUUUUCACCUCGACAUUGCCAAGAGUGCGUUCACCUCUUCGACAUCGACAUGCCAAGAGUGCCACCUCCUCGACAGUGCGAUUUUCACCUCCUCGACAUUGCCAAGAGUGCGAUUUUCACCUCCUCGACAUUGCCAACAGUGCGAUUUUCACCUCCUCGACAUUGUCAACAGCGAUUUUCACCUCCUCGACAUUGUCAACGGCGAUUUUCACCUCCUCGACAUUGCCAAGAGUGCGAUUUUCACCUCCUCGACAUUGCCAAGAGUGCGAUUUUCACCUCCUCGACAUUGCCAAGAGUGUGUUCACCUCCUCGACAUUGCCAAGAGUGCGAUUUUCACCUCCUCGACAUUGCCAACAGUGCGAUUUUCACCUCGACAUUGCCAAGAGUGCGUUCACCUCCUUGCGACACAGUGCCAAGAGUGCGAUUUUCACCUCCUCGACAUUGCCAACAGUGCGAUUUUCACCUCCUCGACAUUGCCAACAGUGCGAUUUUCACCUCGACAUUGGCAAGAGUGCGUUCACCUCCUCGACAUUGCCAAGAGUGCGUUCAACUCCUCGACAUUGCCAACAGUACGAUUUUCACCUUCUCGACAUUGCCAACAGUGCGAUUUUCACCUCGACAUUGCCAAGAGUGCGUUCACCUCCUCGACAUUGCCAACAGUGCGUUCACCUCCUCGACAGUGCCAAGAGUGCGAUUUUCACCUCCUCGACAUUGCCAACAGUGCGAUUUUCACCUCCUCGACAUUGCCAACAGUGCGAUUUUCACCUCGACAUUGGCAAGAGUGCAUUCACCUCCUCGACAUUGCCAAGAGUGCGUUCAACUCCUCGACAUUGCCAAGAGUGCGUUCAACUCCUCGACAUUGCCAACAGUGCGAUUUUCACCUUCUCGACAUUGCCAACAGUGCGAUUUUCACCUCGACAUUGCCAAGAGUGCGUUCACCUCCUCGACAUUGCCAACAGUGCGUUCACCUCCUCGACAGUGCCAAGAGUGCGAUUUUCACCUCCUCGACAUUGCCAACAGUGCGAUUUUCACCUCCUCGACAUUGCCAACAGUGCGAUUUUCACCUCGACAUUGGCAAGAGUGCAUUCACCUCCUCGACAUUGCCAAGAGUGCGUUCAACUCCUCGACAUUGCCAACAGUGCGAUUUUCACCUUCUCGACAUUGCCAACAGUGCGUUCACCUCCUCGACAUUGCCAAGAGUGCGAUUUUCACCUCCUCGACAUUGCCAAGAGUGCGAUUUUCACCUCCUCAACAUUGUCAAGCGUGCGAUUUCCACCUUCUCGAUAUUGCCAACAGUGCGAUUUUCACCUCCUCGACAUUGCCAAGAGUGUGAUUUUCACCUCCUCGACAUUGCCAAGAAGUGCGAUUUUCACCUCCUCGGCAUUGCCAAGAGUGCGAUUUUCACCUCCUCGACAUUGCCAACAGUGCGAUUUUCACCUCGACAUUGCCAAGAGUGCGUUCACCUCCUCGACAUUGCCAACAGUGCGUUCACCUCCUCGACAGUGCCAAGAGUGCGAUUUUCACCUCCUCGACAUUGCCAACAGUGCGAUUUUCACCUCCUCGACAUUGCCAACAGUGCGAUUUUCACCUCGACAUUGGCAAGAGUGUAUUCACCUCCUCGACAUUGCCAAGAGUGCGUUCAACUCCUCGACAUUGCCAACAGUGCGAUUUUCACCUUCUCGACAUUGCCAACAGUGCGUUCACCUCCUCGACAUUGCCAAGAGUGCGAUUUUCACCUCCUCGACAUUGCCAAGAGUGCGAUUUUCACCUCCUCAACAUUGUCAAGCGUGCGAUUUCCACCUUCUCGAUAUUGCCAACAGUGCGAUUUUCACCUCCUCGACAUUGCCAAGAGUGUGAUUUUCACCUCCUCGACAUUGCCAACAGUGCGAUUUUCACCUCCUCGACAUUGUCAACAGCGAUUUUCACCUCCUCGACAUUGUCAACAUUGCGAUUUUCACCUCCUCGACAUUGCCAAGAGUGCGAUUUUCACCUCCUCGGCAUUGCCAAGAGUGCGAUUUUCACCUCCUCGACAUUGCCAAGAGUGUGUUCACCUCCUCGACAUUGCCAACAGUGCGAUUUUCACCUCCUCGACAUUGCCAACAGUGCGAUUUUCACCUCCUCGACAUUGCCAACAGUGCGAUUUUCACCUCCUCGACAUUGCCAAGAGUGCGUUCACCUCCUCGACAUUGCCAACAGUGCGUUCACCUCCUCGACAGUGCCAAGAGUGCGAUUUUCACCUCCUCGACAUUGCCAACAGUGCGAUUUUCACCUCCUCGACAUUGCCAACAGUGCGAUUUUCACCUCGACAUUGGCAAGAGUGCGUUCACCUCCUCGACAUUGCCAAGAGUGCGUUCAACUCCUCGACAUUGCCAACAGUGCGAUUUUCACCUUCUCGACAUUGCCAACAGUGCGUUCACCUCCUCGACAUUGCCAAGAGUGCGAUUUUCACCUCCUCGACAUUACUAAGCGUGCGAUUUUCACCUCCUCGACAUUGUCAAGCGUGCGAUUUCCACCUCCUCGAUAUUGCCAACAGUGCGAUUUUCACCUCCUCGACAUUGCCAAGAGUGCGAUUUUCACCUCCUCGACAUUGCCAACAGUGCGAUUUUCACCUCCUCGACAUUGCCAAAAGGGUGUUUGUUCGUAUGGUCGUUGACCUCAAGGUUGGACUCAGAUCUGAUGUGUAUUGGUUUCACAUCCUUGUACUGGCUUCAGCCGAGUUAAAACUUGCAGAGUUCGUUGUUAAUGAUGAGAGCUAG